GUGCCUGGCCAGUGCAAGGAUCAAACAGUGGACCUUGGUAUUGUCAACACCACACUAACCGACUGAGCUAAUCGGCCAGCCCAAAAGAAAGGCAGAAACUCUCCAGAUGUCUGACGAUAAUGUCCAAGUUGUUAUCCCAAUGGCACAAGGAAACACCAAUGGCCUACCUGGGGCAACCUCCAGUGACCUGAAGGCGUUUACUAAAGGAGCCGUGUUAAGUUUUCAUAACAUCUGCUAUCGAGUAAAAGUGAAGAGUGGCUUUCUACCUGGUCGAAAAAUAGUUGAGAAAGAAAUACUAUCGAAUGUCAAUGGAAUCAUGAAGCCUGGCCUCAAUGCCAUUCUGGGACCCACGGGUGGAGGCAAAUCUUCGUUGUUAGAUGUCUUAGCUGCAAGGAAAGAUCCACAUGGAUUAUCUGGAGAUGUUUUGGUAAAUGGAGCACCUCAACCUGCCGAUUUCAAAUGUAAUUCAGGUUACGUUGUACAAGAUGAUGUCGUGAUGGGCACUUUGACGGUCAGAGAAAAUUUACAGUUCUCAGCAGCUCUCCGGCUUUCAACAACUAUGACGAAUCAUGAAAAAAAUGAACGGAUUAACAGGGUUAUUCAAGAGUUAGGCCUGGAUAAAGUGGCAGAUUCCAAGGUUGGAACUCAGUUUACCCGUGGUGUGUCUGGAGGAGAAAGAAAAAGGACGAGUAUAGGAAUGGAGCUCAUCACUGAUCCUUCCAUCUUGUUCCUGGAUGAGCCCACAACUGGCUUAGACUCGAGCACAGCAAAUGCUGUCCUUUUGCUUCUGAAAAAGAUGUCUAAACAGGGACGAACAAUCAUCUUCUCCAUUCAUCAGCCUCGUUAUUCCAUCUUCAAGUUGUUCGAUAGCCUCACCUUGUUGGCCUCAGGAAGAUUAAUGUACCAUGGGCCUGCUCAGGAGGCCAUGGGGUUCUUUGCAUCAGCUGGUUACCACUGUGAGCCCUAUAAUAACCCUGCAGACUUCUUCCUGGACGUCAUUAAUGGAGAUUCCUCUGCUGUGAUACUAAACAAAGAGGAUGAUGAGGACUGUGAAGCCCUGGAGACUGAAGAGCCUUCCAAGAGAGAUACGCCACUCAUAGCAAAAAUAGCUGAGUUCUAUGUUAACACCUCCUUCUACAGAGAAACAAGAGCUGAAUUAGAGAAACUCUCAGGGGGUGAGAAAAAGAAGAAGAGCUUAGCCUUCAAGGAGAUGACCUAUGCCACCCCCUUCUGUCAUCAACUCAAAUGGAUUUCCAAGCGUUCAUUCAAAAAUUUACUGGGUAAUCCCCAGGCCUCUAUAGCACAGAUAAUCGUCACAAUCAUACUGGGACUGGUUAUAGGUGCCAUUUUCUUUGGGCUUCAAAAUAAUACUGCUGGAAUCCAGAAUAGAGCGGGGGUACUCUUCUUCCUGACGACCAACCAGUGCUUCAGCAGCGUGUCGGCUGUGGAGCUCUUUGUGGUGGAGAAGAAGCUCUUUAUACAUGAGUAUAUCAGUGGAUACUACAGAGUGUCAUCUUAUUUCUUUGGAAAAGUGUUAUCUGAUUUACUACCCAUGAGGAUGUUACCAAGUAUUAUAUUUACUUGUAUACUAUACUUUAUGUUAGGAUUGAAACCACGGGCGGAUGCCUUCUUUAUCAUGAUGUUCACUCUUAUUAUGGUGGCUUAUGCGGCCAGCUCUAUGGCACUGGCCAUUGCAGCAGGUCAGAGUGUGGUAUCUGUAGCAACACUUCUCAUGACCAUCUCUUUCGUGUUUAUGAUGGUGAGUAUGAACUGUGCUUCUCUGGGAAGGAAUUUUUUCCCCUUGUUUUUUCCCACACAUUCAGCUGUCAUGUAAAGCCUGCUCUGAGGAUUCUGUAGAUGGGGACUCUUCGAUGCUUUAAGGAGGCCGUAUGUUGAAAUAGUAGCUUAUAUUGGAGAAUGUACCAGCUUUCCUUCUUGCCCUUAUCCAGCCUUUUUGGCUAUUGUUCUAAUAUGGUUACUAUAACUUUAGUUAACAUGUUGUUGCUAAGGAGCUUUAUGCUUCCUGGUGACAUAUUAUGAAAACUUGAUCAACUGCAACUUCAAAAACCGGAAUUUUGAUUGGCAGAUU